CCAUGGCUUCCGCGGAGUCCCGGCGGAUGGGGAAUGGCGGCAGUGUCGGAGGCGCCUUCCAGCUCUACCUGGACUCCUUGCGGCAGGAACUGCGGCAGAGGGACCCGACGCUGCUGUCAGUCGUGGUGGCGCUCGUCGCGGUGCUGCUGACGCUGGUGUUCUGGAAGUUCAUCCGGAGCAGAAGGAGCAGUCAAAGAGCUGUUCUUCUUGUUGGCCUUUGUGACUCCGGGAAAACAUUGCUUUUUGUCAGAUUGUUAACAGGCCUUUACAGAGACACUCAGACUUCCAUCACUGACAGCUCUGCUGUCUACAGAGUCAACAGUAACAGGGGCACUAGCCUGACCUUGAUUGACCUCCCUGGCCAUGAGAGCUUGAGACUUCAGUUCUUAGAGCAGUUUAAGGCUUCAGCCAGGGCUAUUGUGUUUGUUGUGGAUAGUGCAGCCUUCCAGCGAGAGGUGAAAGAUGUGGCAGAGUUUCUGUAUCAAGUCCUCCUUGACAGUAUUGGUCUGAAGAACACACCGUCAUUCUUAAUCGCUUGCAAUAAGCAAGACAUUACAAUGGCAAAAUCAGCAAAGUUAAUUCAGCAGCAGCUUGAAAAAGAAAUCAAUACUUUACGAGUCACCCGUUCUGCUGCCCCCAGCAUACUGGACAGUUCUAGCACUGCCACUGCUCAGCUGGGAAAGAAAGGCAAAGAAUUUGAAUUCUCACAGUUGCCCCUCAAAGUGGAGUUCCUGGAGUGCAGUGCCAAGGGCGGAAGAGGGGACGCUGGCUCUGCUGACAUCCAGGACUUGGAGAAGUGGCUGGCUAAAAUCGCCUGAGGGCCAGAUCCAAACACAAGGCGCAAUUGUGUAUGUGUGUGACUGCCAGUUUUGGAAAAGGAUGUGGUGGUCUGGAGUUGAUAAAGAAGGGGUACAAAUAUAGUUAGGAACUUUUCCUUGUUCUGGAAACAAAUUAUUGUUGAAACCA